UAUAGCCCCAGAGGUUUAGCAUUAUACACGAGAUCUUAGAGCCCCAAAACAACCAUUGGUCAGGAAGUAAACAACUACAACCCGGCCUACACUAUAAAUCUAUCAUCGUCAGCUCCAUAACACAAUCAUAGUCAUCUCAUACUUCUAUCUCAACCACGCCAGUAUAUCUACCUAGGUAAUCCUAACUACUGCCACGUUGCCUUUCACUUUUUACGAUACUCGAUCAUCAUGACUUCUUUCCCCGUCCCCAGCUACUCCAAGCUUCAGUUAGUAGAGGUACGCGGAGCGCCGAAUCCGGAGAGCUUCCGUAAAUCUGCUCUUGAGCGCCUGCCCGUCUGCCUGCGCCGUAUGAUAUUCGAGGCCUGUGACCCCACUUCUAGACAAGCUCUUGCCCAAACUUGCCAAGAGCUCCGCAAUGCGGGUUGGGACUUCCGACUCCAGAACGUGAAGGUAACUGGCACGCCACCUUCCUUGGGCAUGGACUUGGCGAUCCUCAGAGAUCAUAUGCAAACCGGGAUUAUUCGCACCCAUACUACCUCUAUACACAUUGCCAUUGCCACGUUCUCGAGCCCAGGCACGGGUCGCAAGGUCCUUUGUGACUACAGUGAUAGAAUUCCCGAUUUAAUCAGUUGCAUGCUAUCUCUUAUCAGCAAAAUGCAGAGAUUAAAUGACCUUAAAAUUACUAUCAAAAGUACCAACCGGUUGACCGCUUGCUACGAGAAAACCAUACACAAAGAACUUAAGAAACGGCCUAAUCAUCCGGUUUCUUACAAUCCGCUUACAAUCCGACUGAUAGGGUUCGCCUCUACUAGGGCGGUCCAUUUCACGCGCAUGUUCCCUAGACUGCAGCAUCUAGAGGUCGGAAGCAACUGCUUUAGGUCGGCUCCCGACCCUAGUAUAACGGCAAAUCUCCCGCCACUGAAAAGCCUAAGAAUUCGCAUACAGCAACCCGACAUCGGUGGAGUGGGGACCUUACGCAGUAUUAACAGCACGUUUCCAUUACUCGAGAAUCUUGCUAUUGAAGGGAUGUCUACUAUCACCUGGAAGCGAAAGAAGGUCGCUGCCCAACUUGGGCAUUUCAUUCACUUGCGCAAGCUCGAAAUCGUCAUGGACUGGUACUACGAUCCCGAUGACGAGGAAAUCUGGGAUCUAGAUAUAAAUCUAUACCAUCUUUGCGCCGAGGCCUGUCGUUCUCUUGAAUGGAUAUUUGUCCACUUCGAUGACGAUGAGAUAUACCCGUUGGAGGUGGAACGAGAUCUGAAGGGUAAAGUUGAGGGCCUAAAUCUAACCUUAGGUACUGAGACCGCUGCACGGUUCCGAAAUUCAUGGUCCAAUUACUCGUCCAUUAUUGGGGGACCUAGAGGUGGUAGGUAGUAUGGGCUCUCGAGAGAAUAUGAGAUUGAUCAUCACGCG